CACAUCCAGUUUCAGAGUACAGAGUCUCCGCUGUCUUGCCAGCAGCUGCCAGUUACUCUUGGAGUACCUCACAUCAAGAUGAGCUGUAAGUGAGCUUCACUGGACCAGGUAGCCUUUGCCUUCUCCUGUAAAGGUGACAGAAGACCACGCCUGUCAAGGGGCCUUCCUAAGAACCCAGAGGAGAAGGGCCCCACCAUCCUAUUCCUUACCCAGCCCAGCCUCCUGCAGCCCUUGCCAUGUUCCAGGUUGUUCUGGGUGUUCCUCAGCGGUUGCUGAAGGAAGGGAGGAAGUCCCGGAAGCUGGUUCUGGUGGUGGUGUUUGUUGCUCUGCUCCUGGACAACAUGCUGCUCACUGUGGUGGUGCCCAUUGUGCCCACCUUCCUGUAUGCGACAGAGUUCAAAGACUUCAACUCCUCUCUGCAUCAGGGUCCUUCUGUAAGCUCCCAGCAAUCUCUCACCUCUCCUGCCUUCUCUACCAUGUUCUCCUUCUUUGACAACACCACCAUGACUGUAGAAGAGCACGUACCCUUUCGUGUAGCAUGGACAAAUGGUACCAUCCCUCCUCCUGUCACCGAAGCUGGCUCAGUACCUAAAAACAACUGCUUGCAAGGGAUAGAGUUCUUGGAAGAAGAAAACAUCCGGAUUGGGAUUCUAUUUGCUUCAAAGGCUUUGAUGCAACUUCUGGUCAACCCAUUUGUAGGACCUCUUACUAACAGGAUCGGCUAUCACAUCCCCAUGUUUGUUGGCUUUGUGAUCAUGUUUCUCUCCACACUAAUGUUUGCUUUCUCUGGCACCUAUGCCGUGCUAUUUGUGGCCCGAACUCUCCAAGGCAUUGGAUCUUCAUUUUCAUCUGUUGCAGGGCUUGGGAUGCUGGCCAGUGUCUAUACUGACAAUUACGAGAGAGGGAGAGCCAUGGGAAUUGCUUUGGGAGGCCUGGCUCUGGGGCUUCUGGUGGGAGCACCUUUUGGAAGUGUGAUGUAUGAAUUUGUGGGCAAGGCCUCACCAUUCCUCAUCUUGGCCUUCCUGGCACUUCUGGAUGGAGCUCUCCAGCUUUGCAUCCUAUGGCCUUCGAAAGUGUCUCCUGAGAGCGCCAUGGGGACUCCACUUUUGAUGCUUCUCAAAGACCCUUACAUCCUGGUAGCAGCAGGUUCCAUCUGCCUGGCCAACAUGGGAGUCGCCAUACUAGAGCCCACACUACCCAUCUGGAUGAUGCAGACCAUGUGUUCCCCUGAGUGGCAGCUAGGUCUGUCUUUCUUGCCCGCCAGUGUGGCCUACCUCAUUGGCACGAACCUUUUUGGUGUGUUGGCCAACAAGAUGGGUCGGUGGCUGUGCUCCCUUGUUGGAAUGUUGGCUGUAGGUGUCAGCUUGCUCUGU